AUGACAAAUACAUUAAGGAAGGAAGAUUACUUAAUACAAAUUAGGGAUAAGUUGAGAAGAGAUGGGAUUAAAUUAUGGUUACCACCGUAUUUUAAAGGUUCAAAUGCUUCGGAAGAUGACAUUAAGAACUUGUCGGAAGACUUCAGCAAGCAUUUAAAUAUUCCACCUGAUAUUUGCCAAGAAAUCAUUAAAGAUUUGCAGAAUAACGCCUUGGAAAACUUGAAGCAAAAGAAUCAUUAUAAAGAAUCUGGAUUGGCUACCAUAAAAAUUAAGAUUUUGCACAAAAAUUCGCCACCAAGGGUCAUUCAAAAAGAAUUGUUAUUAUCUAUGAUUACCAACGAGUUAAAGGACCUUGUCAGAAAUGAAAUCAGUGUUUCAUCUGAAGGAUUAAAACUGAUAUGCUCAGGACGAGUGUUAAAUGAUUUGGACUCUUUGGGAAGCCAAGGAGUGAAGAACGGUUCUCAAAUGCUAGCAAUAAUAUUAUCUGAAUCACCAACCCAAGUCUUCCAAGCUGAGAAUCAAAUAAAGGAACUUGAAAGUGUCAAAACAGAUUCAAAGUUGUUAGCAUUGGAUAAUGAAUACAUGCAGUUAGAAGACCAAUUUGGAAACCCCAUCAAAAUACCCCCCAAGGAAAGGAAAGCUUUGGUGGUUGCUAUGGCUUUGCAUGAAAAGGGAAAAUCAGCUUUGAAACGAAAUGAUUACUCAAGAGCUUUGGUGUUUUUUCUUGAAGCUGAUCAAGAAUUUAGUCAGUGUAAUUCCCAACUGUUGAAAACCGUUGACAACUAUGCCCUUUUGGAUUUGGAUAUCGCCUGGUGUUAUUUAUGCUUAGAAAGCUUUGUUCAGUUGCCAGAAGCAGAAUCCAGGCUGAAAAGAUGUGAAGAAAAGUUUCAUUCGACUUAUGGAAAUAAUCUAGAAAGACUGGUAGCUGUUAAAGGGACUCCAGGAAAUGAAGAAGCAUUGUUUAUGCGCCUUCAUUUACUUCAAGCCAUAGUUCUAUAUCACCAGAAUAAAAGGGCAGAGGCUUUGCUUUUGUUGCGUAAGGUAGAGGAAGAGAUAAAUUCGUUAAAAGUCGAUGACGAUAGUGUAGUGACUCUAAUAGAGUUGGGAUACUCAUCAAAGGAAGCUACAUUAGGGCUGAGAGCAGCGCGGGGCAAUGUCAAUGAAGCAGCUAAUUACAUCAAUGAGAAUAGAGAAAAAAGAGCCGAAGGAAGAAAAAAAGCUGAAGCAGAAGCUAUUUUAGAAAAAGAACGAAAAAAACUUGGUUUAUGUAAUGACGGAAAACAAUAUGUGGAUCCUAAAUUUGUAAAGAUCCUAGUUAAUAUGGGGUAUAAUAAAGAGGCUGCAAGAGUUGCACUUAAAAAUACCAAUAAUAUAAUUUCGGACAGCAUUCAGUACAUCCAAGAGAAUCCAUUACCAGGAUCAAGCAAUUCCAAGAGCACUGAGAUGAUGUCUUUUGUUGAUGAUCUGACCAAACAGCUUGAAGAAGCCGGGUUUGAUCCAAGAAUGGCUAAAUUGGCUCUAUCCAAGCAUUCAGGAGAUAUUCAGAAGGCAGCUGAAGAACUGAUCGCCAACGAUGGUAUUAUUCUAGGAGACUUAUCCAAUUGGUUUGGUGCCGAAAGUCUCGACAAUAUAAAAAAGAGAAGACAAGAAGAUAAAGAAAAAAACGAAGCCUUCCAAAGAUUGAAAGAAGAUAUAGAUAUCGUUGACGAUGACUAUUUGGACAUUAAUCUCGUCCAGGAAGAAAUCUUCCUCAAAGAGUACCUGUCUUUGUUAAAUGAAUAA